AUGGAUAUACUUCUAAUUAAAAUUUCCAUUCUUUGUUUUUUAUCGUUCAGUCUUUUUCAACUCUCGCAAGCAGGACACAGUGUCGAUGAGUGGAAAGAAAGAUCAAUCUAUCAAAUCAUUACCGAUAGAUUCUCUCUAAGCAAAGAUGCUCACGAAAGACUUCCUUGUGAUCCAGCACGAUUUAUGUAUUGCGGAGGAACUUGGAAUGGAAUUCGAGAUCAUCUUGACUAUAUUCAAGAUAUGGGGUUCGAUGCUAUAUGGAUAUCUCCAAUCUUCGAAAACGAAGAGGGAAAUAAGAUUGAUGGUUGGUCGUAUCAUGGAUACUGGACGAAGAACCUAUAUGCCUUAAAUCACCAUUAUGGAACAAAAGAAGACUUCAAAAACUUAGUAGAAGAGUUGCACAGAAGGGAUAUGUGGAUACUACUGGAUGUAGCCAUUAACUCGAUUGCGUUGAACGGACCCCUUGAAAACAUAACGUUUGAUAAAGUGGUGCCUUUCAAUGAUGAGUCGUAUUACCAUCCAUUUUGCUGGGUUGAUUAUGAACUAAAUGAUGUUGAAGUAGUUCAAAAUUGCUGGCUUGGAGAUGAGAAUCUUGUAUUAGCGGACUUAGAUACAGAAAAUCCUACCGUUGUGGAAAUAUUACAGAAAUGGCUUCGCGACGUCGUGGAGGAAUAUGACAUUGAUGGUAUUCGAUUUGAUGCUACAAAGCAUGCUCCUGUGGAGUUUUGGUCAAAAAUGGCAGAAGCCGCUGGUGUAUUUACGAUUGGCGAGUAUUUUACGGGGUCACCAACUGAAGCUUGUGAUUAUCAAAAUGCCGGUUUAGAUUCUUUUUUAAAUUUUCCACUUUACUGGCCGAUCACUUGGGCUUUCAAUAAUACUGGUCUUCAAUGCGAAGCACUUGCGACGGUAAUUAAUCAAAUUCAUUCCCAAUGUAGAGAUGUGAAUGCGUUGGGAACGUUCAUCGGAAAUCACGAUGUACCCCGAAUUGCUCAUAACAAUACAGAUCAAGCCCGUGUCAUGAAUGCAAUUAGCUUUGUCAUGAUGUGGGAUGGAAUUCCUAUCAUUUAUUAUGGAACAGAACAAAAUUUUAAUACUUUCCACGAUCCUUUCAACAGGGAAGCACUUUGGUUGUCCAAAUUUGACACGAGUAACAUUUACUAUAGGUUAAUUGGGGCUUUGAAUCGUUUUCGAAAGUCAGUCCAAAAGAAAGACCCUGAAUACGUGAAUACCCAGUCUAUUAUCUUAAAAGUGCAACUUCAUUAUAUGGUUAUCCAGAAGCACAAAGUUAUUAGUGUUUUAGGAAAUUGGGGUAUUCACAGUCAAGAAGGCUUAACAAUUUCCUUUAUCCCAGUAGGCGCUCAUCCGGGAGACGUUUAUUUUGAUAUUAUUAGUGACAAGACAUACAAGGUGGACGAGCAAGGAAAACUUAAUGUCGAAAUUUUCUUCGGGUUUCCUGUUAUAAUGUAUCCAAAAACGCAGGGUGAAAUUCAGGUUCCUGAGUUUACGCCUACUCUAUUACCCGAAACUACAUUUAUUCCUAGUAUUACGAUCACAACUCAUUACGUGCAACCAACCUACGACGUUCCUUUUGGUUAUGAUAUGCGUGAUCAUCCAGGAGGUCAACAAUUCUGGAAGUCUAUUGUUUCACAAAAGAGCUCUUCUACUGAAAAUACUUUGGCACCAGGAAAAGCGUUGCCUAUUAUUUUAUCGUUUUUCACUUUGCUUUUGCCUAUCUUUGUACUCGCGUGA